CGACGGGGGCGGCUCUUUCCUGGGUGGGGUUUGUAAAGUCGUGGCCCGUUAGCAGGAAGCUGAGCAAUCUCCGUCACGCUAGAGAGGUACUCAGUCUGAGCCCUUGGACCCCUGAGCCUGAACCGUGCGUGCGUAUUACUUGCCCAGCGCUGUCCUACAGCUCCUAAGAAACUUCGCCAACUCCGCGGCUUUAGCCACCACCAUGCCCAAGACGGUUAAUGUGCGUGUGACCACCAUGGAUGCAGAGCUGGAGUUUGCCAUUCAGCCCAACACCACCGGCAAGCAGCUGUUUGACCAGGUUGUGAAAACUAUUGGCCUAAGGGAAGUUUGGUUCUUUGGUCUGCAGUACCAGGACACUAAGGGUUUCUCCACCUGGCUGAAACUCAAUAAGAAGGUGACAGUCCAGGAUGUACGGAAGGAAAGCCCCCUGCUCUUCAAGUUUCGGGCCAAAUUUUACCCUGAGGAUGUAUCAGAAGAAUUGAUCCAGGACAUCACCCAACGCCUGUUUUUCCUACAAGUGAAGGAGAGCAUUCUCAAUGAUGAUAUUUACUGCCCACCUGAGACUGCUGUGCUGCUGGCUUCCUAUGCUGUCCAGUCUAAGUAUGGUGACUUUAAUAAGGAGGUGCACAAGUCUGGCUACCUGGCUGGAGACAAGUUGCUGCCCCAGAGGGUCCUGGAACAGCACAAACUCAACAAGGACCAGUGGGAGGAGCGGAUCCAGGUUUGGCAUGAGGAACACAGGGGCAUGCUCAGGGAGGAUGCUGUCUUGGAGUAUCUGAAGAUUGCCCAGGACCUGGAGAUGUAUGGUGUGAACUAUUUCAGCAUCAAGAACAAGAAAGGCUCAGAGCUCUGGCUGGGGGUGGAUGCCCUGGGUCUCAACAUCUAUGAGCAGAAUGAUAGACUAACUCCCAAGAUAGGCUUCCCCUGGAGUGAAAUCAGGAACAUUUCUUUCAAUGACAAGAAAUUUGUUAUCAAACCUAUUGACAAAAAAGCCCCGGAUUUUGUCUUCUAUGCCCCCCGGCUGCGGAUUAACAAGCGGAUCUUGGCCCUGUGCAUGGGAAACCACGAGCUAUACAUGCGUCGCCGCAAGCCUGACACCAUUGAGGUGCAACAGAUGAAGGCACAAGCCCGGGAGGAGAAGCACCAGAAGCAGAUGGAGCGUGCUCUUCUGGAAAAUGAGAAGAAGAAGCGUGAGAUGGCAGAAAAGGAGAAGGAGAAGAUUGAACGGGAGAAGGAGGAGCUGAUGGAGAGGCUAAAACAGAUUGAGGAACAAACUAAGAAGGCUCAGGAUGAACUGGAAGAACAGACCCGCAGGGCCCUGGAACUUGAGCAGGAGAGGAAACGUGCCCAGAAUGAGGCUGAGAAGCUGGCCAAGGAGCGUCAAGAAGCUGAAGAAGCCAAGAAAGCCCUGCUGCAGGCCUCUCAGGACCAGAAGAAAACCCAGGAGCAGCUGGCCUUAGAAAUGGCAGAGCUGACAGCUCGGAUCUCCCAGCUGGAGAUGGCCCGACAGAAGAAGGAGAGCGAAGCUGUGGAGUGGCAGCAGAAGGCCCAGAUGGUACAGGAGGACUUGGAGAAGACUCGUGCUGAGCUGAAGACUGCAAUGAGUACACCUCAUGUAGCAGAACCUGCUGAAAAUGAGCAGGAUGAGCAGGAUGAGAAUGGGGCAGAGGCCAGUGCUGAUCUACGGGCCGAUGCCAUGGCCAAGGACCGUAGUGAAGAGGAACGUACCACUGAGGCAGAGAAAAAUGAGCGUGUGCAGAAGCACCUGAAGGCCCUCACUUCAGAGCUGGCUAAUGCCCGUGAUGAGUCCAAGAAGACUACCAAUGAUAUGAUCCAUGCUGAGAACAUGCGGCUAGGCCGAGACAAAUACAAGACCCUACGCCAAAUCCGGCAGGGCAACACAAAGCAGCGCAUCGAUGAGUUUGAGUCCAUGUAG